AUGAGUGCUUGGUAAAAGUUAUUGUCUUCUAAUUUAAGAGAAUUAAGAUUUGUUUUUUGUUAAAAUUCAUAAAGAUCAGAAGGGGUUAGAAAUUAUGUUCAUCAUAAUUAUUGGAAUUUAAAAAAUAGCAACCCUAAUUUCCCUAUUAUUAUAAGAGAAUGUGAAGAAUCUGAUCCAAUAUGGAAUCGAAAAAAAGCAUUAGUUGCUAAUAAUUCUGAAUCUGAAAUUGAAAGUGUAAUUAAAAAUUUAGUUGAAAUAUCUUAAAAAGUUAAUAAAGAAAUGCAAAAAUGA